CCGACCGGAAAAGAGUAGAAACGGUGGGGUGGGGAGAAAAAAAGCGGAAAACAAGAUGGCAGCGGGCUUGGAUCACGGGCUAAGGCGAACAGUUUGGAAUAGAAUAAAAGACACAAUAAUUGCAGACUGCAAAAAAUCAGAAGUAUGGAAGAUACUGAUUUUGGACCCCUUCACCACCAAGCUUCUCACGUCAUGCUGCAAAAUGUCAGAUCUGAUGGAAGAGAGAAUUACAAUUGUGGAGGAUCUGUUCAAAAGCAGAGAACCUGUUCCUGAAAUGAAGGCCAUCUACUUCAUGUCACCGACCUCCAAGUGUGUGGAUGCCUUCAUCGCUGACUUUAAGCCCAAACCUAAAUACAAAUCAGCUUGUGUUUAUUUCACAGACUACUGCCCCAAUGACCUGUUCAACAACAUGAAGGCUUGCUGUGCAAAGUACAUACGCAUCUGCAAGGAGAUGAACAUUUCCUUCUUACCACAAGAGGCACAGGUGUUCACAUGUGACGAUCCGGGGGCUUUCCAAAGAAUCUACAGUCCUCGUAGUCAGGACAAAAGGAAGACAUUGGAGAAGCUUGCAGACCAGCUCGUCACUCUCUGUGCCACGUUGAACGAGUUCCCGGGGGUCAGAUACAAGAAAGACAGCAACAUGGUGAACGCCAAAACCCUCGCAGAGCUGGUAGACAACAAGCUGUCCAGACACUACGAGUUGGACGAGAGCGAGAAAAAGGAGAAGACUCAGGCCCAGCUGCUGAUAUUAGAAAGAGGUUUUGACCCUGUAAGUCCCAUCCUCCAUGAGCUCACCUACCAGGCUAUGGCCUAUGACCUCAUUGAUAUCCAGAAUGACACCUACAAGUACAAGUCCAAAGAUGGCUCAGAGAAGCACGCUCUGCUGAACGAGGACGACAUGCUGUGGGUGAAGCUCCGGCACAAGCACAUCGCUGAGGUCUCAGAACAGAUCCCCAAGAUGGUGAAAGAAAUAUCUGCCAGCAAGAAACAGCCUGAUGGGAAGAUCACAAUAAACAACUUGGCUCAAAUGAUGAAGAAGAUGCCUGCAUUCCGUAAGCAGCUGACCGAGAAAACUGUUCACCUGCAGUUGGCUGAGGACUGCAUGAAACAUUUCUCAAACAAUGUGGAGAAACUCUGCAAAGCUGAACAGGACCUUGCCGUUGGUUCCGACGUGGACGGGACGAAGGUGAAAGAUCCCAUGAGGACUCUGCUGCCUGUGCUGCUUAACCCGUUCAGUAAACAUGACAAGAUCAGAGCUGUGCUGCUCUACAUCUUCAGUCUAAAUGGAACGACAGAUGAAAACUUGAACAAAUUUAUCCAACAUGUUAAAAUCGAUGAUGAACAAGAGUUCAUCCUCAACUGGAAAGAACUGGGCGUCCCUAUCAUUACAUCACCCAGUUUCUUUUCCCGCAAACCAAGCCGUCGAGAUCGAAACCAAGGGGAGACGUACAACCUUUCAAGAUGGACUCCAGUCAUCAAAGACGUGAUGGAGGAUGCUGUGGAGAGCAAACUGGACAUCAGAGAAUGGCCGCACCAAUCCGAGUGUCCUGCUGCCUGGAAUGGCUCCGGGGCGGUCAGCGCCCGGCAGAGGAACAAACCCAGCUCCCAGGACGAUCGCCGGACUGGUUCACGCCUCAUUAUCUUUGUUAUCGGGGGUAUCACCUACUCUGAGAUGCGCUCAGCCUAUGAGGUCACCCAGGCCGUAAAAUCCUGCGAGGUCAUCAUAGGAUCUUCUCAUAUAUUGACUCCUACCAGUCUUCUGGAAGACAUUAAAGCACUGAGCAAAGGUCCAAUGGAAUUUUUUACAAUAGAUGAAAGAAGCAACGCCUGAGAAGAUCCCCCACCUCUCCUGAUAGCUCUCUGAACCCCCCCAUGUUCCUACAUCUCAUAUUACUUGGCACAAUGCACUCAAUUCGGCAUCCUGAUUGGAAUGCUGAAGGGAAAUUAACCGUAGUUUAACUUUGCCUAAGUUUACUUUAUGCACAUUUAUAAUAGGCAGUUUGAUGAGAAAUUCUACUUUUAUCUUUUCAUUUUACUUGGCGAAAUUUCUACAAUUUUUUUUCAAAGAAUAUGACCUGCCUGUAAUGUAUGUAGCUUUAUAAUAAGAGUAAAUAAAAUGGAUCAAUUUUAAAAUUAUAAACCUCAUGCUACUUAAAACAAGUUUAUGUUAAAGAAAUGAUCUAUAAUGCAUUAUUGAGCUAACCUUCGUCCUUUCUGAUUAAGUUACACAUUGAACAGCCUCUGAAAACAUUGCAAGACUAAAACGUUGUGGGAAAAUAAAAGCACAAAGCUGCUGUAUAUUACUGUAUGCGCUGAAUUACUGCCUUGUCGUUUUGACUUUUCUGAUCACUGCUGUUUAUAAACACUUAAUAUAAUGUGAGUGGGUUUUAAAUACAUAUUUACACUUUUCUUGGAUUGAACAACUGACUAAUAAAUAGAUAGUGGUUCAACUCUU